AAAAGCCCUUAAACUUUGUGUAUACAAUAAUGAAGUUGACAUCCACAAUAUUUUGUCUUAUACUUGAAUACGAGCUUCUAUAUGCCUCUCAAGAACUGCAAUGUUGUUAUUUGUUCAGUGUGGUAUAGGUCUGCGAACACAUUUAUUUCGUUAAAGUCAUUUAUAAUUAUCAGAGAGGGUUAUAUUAUUUUAUUUAAUAAAAAACCCACAUUUGUCUUAUUCAUGCUUUCAUUUUAUAAGGUAAUAACUAAAUACUUUGGCAUACUGCGAUGGAAGGUGACACAGCACUACAAUGGGUGUUAUUAUUGAUAAACUAAUGGUUAUACCUUCAUUGCACAAUUUAUACAGAAACUACAUCACCUCCACAAAAUAAUUGUUCCAACCAAUUUUUAUAUGUUCAAAGAACAAAGACCAACAGCCUCUUCUGAUGCCAAGGGGCGACGGUGAUGACGUCGGCGACAACCCAGACUGCUGUUCUCAUUGUGGUCUUUGCGGCAACGUUAACUGCACUGAUUGCUGUAGGUGCGGUCUUCAUUAAGAAUCGAAUGAUAUUUGAACGCAUCGCGAUCACUCUACCAAAGAUGAUGCCGUUCCCUGUAUUCGAGGAAAGUGGAACUUCAUUUGUACAGCAGGUAUCCCGCGGAUGCAGAAAUGAAGCUGACUUUACCGGAUUUACAGCCAAGAAAGGUGACCCAUGUAAAGAUGACCCCACUUUUGUAAGGUGCCCCAACACAGAUGUGUCCCUGGAAUGUGAAAUGCAGCAACAGGAUUGUAGAAAAACGUCAGCGGACGGAGGUGUGAAGUCAGGUUCGUGGCUUCACGGGAAUGACGUCGACUCUGACGCAACAUCCGGGGAUAAGCCUGAACUCAUGGAGACAUGGUCCUACUCCACGGACAGCAAGAUGUCGGCCUAUAGCUACAGACAGGUUACAUUAGACAGUGGUUGUCCUUGGACUGUUUAUAACUCAUGAAUCUCGGGUAUUUACCUGGAAUGAUCUUGCCAGUUCUCACUGCUCUAACAAUCACCCUCCUCAAUGCCAUCCCCUGAAAUCGCCAGUUAUUUUGUUUAAUCACCCAGUAAGCAAUAUUUCUGUUAUAUAAUGAUCCCAUGGUUAUAUGUUUGUUGCUUAACGCUGCACUGCAUUCUAUAAAAAAACGUAUACCCUGGAGAUUAUCGAGGAUGGUUGCAAUAGACUAUAGCUAUAGUUAUAGUUAUAACGCGCAAUAGUUGUUUCCCCCUAAAUAUUAACCCCUAUUAUAUUCCCAUGAAGAUAAAACAGAAAGAUCUUACCUGUUAUAGAAAUGGGAUCACCGCACGACAGUUGACUAUAGUCUGUUGUUUUGUGGUUGUACCUUCAAAGCAUCAUGUAAUGCCCUAAACAUUGCACUAAACCUGUUUAACCUAGGAUGAACAACGAGAGAGAACUAUUUCUUUAACUUUGGUCCUGAAGGAAAGAGCAAAUUUAAAGUGACCUUGACCUUCCACAACAAGACAAACGUGUCGCAGACAUCAGAUGUGUUCAUUAUUCAUUUUAGGGUUAAUGUGGGUUGUGUUUAUGGAUUUAACGCUCCCACUAUUUUGUACAGGCUACGUUUAGUAAAGUUUUCACUUCCCUUCGUGGUAUUUGGAUGUUAUCGUCCUACAUGGAAGACGAAACGAGUUAACAACUGGGCCAUAUCACAGGUUUCGUUUUUAAGAUUAAUUGAGGAAGUUAUCAAAUUCUCCUUGAGAAAUAAUCUGCGAUUCCGACUAUAGAAUAAUCACCGUAAAUAGACGUUUUCAGAGAAACACGCGGGUAAAGGGUAGAGACAAUCGUGAAAUAAUACUGCGCAGCAUUUAAUGUGGAUAUUCAGAGUGUAGGAUCUGAUUGUGUGAGGUUGGCUGAUGGGAGAUGGCCAUGUAUGUAGUCUCCCGUAAUGUCAUGCAAGUGGAGCACCUUCACGUUCUGUUAACGUUAAAGUUACAAAACGAUACAGGUGCAUGCAGUUAUUAUUAUUAUUUUAUUAUAGGAUAUAUUUAUAUAUAUUAUAUAGUGCACAUAUCCACAACCAGUACAUGCUCAAGGUGCUGGUAUUUUUUUCCUGUUUAAGUGAG